AUCACAUCCCACCCAUUGAGAUAGCUUCCAUUACCCGUCGAAUUGACCUACCAUCUUCCAUCUAGCUAGUUAGCGAUUGAGCUGAGAAGGUAAGCACCUACUUUUUUUUUGGUCUGUGUCGUUGACAUCAUCCCUGUGGUUUUUUUCUCCUCUUUUUCUCCUGUCUCCUACCUCAAGUUUUCCAUCCAUUGAAUUUCAACCUCACCUUGUAUACCUAGCCUCACCCCAUCGCCAGCGACAUAUCUCAACGAAAGACAACCACAACUAACAAUUGCACUACAGAAUCAACCUCAAUCAACAGUACACAGCAACCAUGUCGUUCCUCACCACCGUCCGGACAACCCUCGCCCCUCGUCUGGCCACCCCCCUCCGCCCCGCCCUCACUUCCGCCCUGCACACCUCCGCCCCCCGCGCAGGCCUCAACGAGAGCGAUCGCAACCGCGACAACCUCGACCAGAUCUACGAAGAGCACAAGCGCGACCAGCUCGAACACAGCAAGCAAGGCACCGCCAAGUGGAAGCAGGAGCUGGCCAGCAACAGCGAAGCUUCGGUCAAGGCUGAUCGGGGUGACAUCGACAGCGACGACAAGGACUUUGCCACGCUGCAGGAGCGCACGAAAGGUCUUCCCAACCGGGAUGGGCCCGUGAAUAAGACUCAAUAGGUUGUCUUGUCUUGUUUUUCGAAUUUCAGUGCUGGUUGAAAUUCCUUUAUGUAUUAUGGGACUUGUUUCUAAAUUUUCUUCCGGAUUAGGGUUGAAUGGUGUCUUUCUUAUUGAUCUGCUUUGAGAAGGGGAAAGGGGUGUCAAUGAGUAGGAUUAUUGGAGAGUGUAAAGUAGUCUCUAGUUGUAUGGUGGUUCCCAUUUUGUGUAGCUGUUGGAGGGGGGAGGUAGAGGGCAUAAUAGUUUGGAUGAUGGUAAAUGUAAAUGAUGUACCGCCUUGAGGGGGGAUAAAAAGUACCACAGGUUGUCGUCAGCAGACGGGAUAUAUCGAAGGAAUGGGUAAUUGAGAGACGAAGUAACAGACAAGAAAACACAAAACCCGA